CAAGCCUUCAAAAUGUAGUUGCUACAAAAAUAGACUGUAAAGGAUAAAGAAAACGACAAAAGAAAGAAAAACGGGUUCCAGGUUUACAAAAGAUAAGAAAAUUUCAAGGGAAGAUAAGGAAGAUAAGGAAGAUAAGGGGUUAAGAUGAAUAACGUACAGUUGGAUGGGGAUCUGUCUCUGUCGUACAAUCAGCUCAUGUCACUUGAUGACGUUACUGUGGAUACAUUACCGGAGAAAAAGGGAAUGAUAAUGAAGCACACAGAGUACUUGAUCCGGUCCACAAAUUACAACUCCUCCUCUCAGAGAAGAUACACUGAUUUUGAAGUCUUCUACGAUUUACUCGUCAUGCGUUAUCCAUACAGGAUGGUACCAAGAUUACCCCCUAAGAAGAUAGGGAUGACGGAUCAUUUUAUCAACGAGCGACGGAAAGCACUUGCCAGGUUCCUAAGUAUCAUCAGCCGGCACCCAGUCUUGCGUAAAGACCCAAUUGUACAGUUCUUCUUCACAGUGGAGGUCCACGAUUUCCACAUACACUUGAAGGAUAAAAUAGAAGAGCAACUAAAUGUGGUGUCCGGAGACGUUAACGGAAUGAAGACAGAGCUGGCUAACAUGUUACAGAGUGUCACUGUCCUGAGGGAUCUCUCGGAGCGAUGGGUUAACCGGACCAAAGCGGCAGCAUACGACCUCCAAAUGUACAGCAACGAACUGUCGGUCCUUGCUGGUGAGGGACAGACUGUGAGCGCGUGGAGUUCACACAAGGGUGAUGCUUGGAGCAAGCUGAGAGAAGGAAUGCGGGGACUCUCUGCUCAGUUCUCUAAUCUAUCUGAGCGAGUGGGACGACAGCGAAUUGAGGAAGAUGCAGGAAUAUUGGAGAACAUCGCCCUUCUCCUGGAUAUACUGCAAGGAGUAAAGGAUCUAGUUGAUAGGCGAGAGAAAGGAGUAAACAAGGAGCACCAGCAAGCUUUUAGCAGGGUACAACAGUUAAAGAAACAGAAGGGAAGCAUUGCAGCAAGUGGACAAGGGACAGGAGCAGGUAUUCAAGAGAAAAUAGAGCAACAAGAGUCGCUCAUCAACAACAUUGGUCUCAGGAAUAACUUUUCGGUUCUGUGCUUGCACUGGGAAAUGAAGCAACUUUACACGUAUCUCUCUCAUUUUGGAGUGAUCUGGAAUUGUUUCGUUAAAACUCAACUCUCAGCCCACAAUGAUUUAUGCAGCCUGUGGCAAGGAACCGGAAAGUUUACCAGCCUGAUGACCUCUGCUCAGAGCAGCGCCCCCAUUUCCUACCAAUCAGCACAACCGUCCGCUCCCGCACCCUCGUACGGAGGGCCUAGUUUUUAUGAUAUGUAGAAUUUUGGUUUACUUUGACAGUUUAAGAUACACCAUUUCAUAGUUUCCUCCUUUAAGGUUCCCCGGAAUUGUCCAUUAGAAUCUACCACUAACACGAUUAACCAGAUACAAUUUGAUUAAUAUAAGUUGAAGGAGGGAUUAUGAUUGCUGUCCUUGAAAACUUCGAACAUUUGUUUGUUUUAUGUGAUCUGUGUUAGUUGAUUAUUGUUCACUCUAGAUAUUUAAUUAACUUUAUACAGUGGUUACA